UCCCUUCAAUAUUCAACCAUGGUUCCUUAAUUCAUGGGCACCUCAUGUCCCAAUGAUUCAAUAAAUUACUACACCACACAUAUCCCCAAUCAUUAAACAUACGAUCGAAUUCGGUCCGAGGAAUGCAAAUAUAAAUACAGGACGUACUAUGGCUGCUGCAUCAACAGGCCAGAGAAUAUAUAUAACAAAACCAGCUUUUGUAAAAGAAUUGAAAUGGGUUUCGAAGAUAAGAUUCCGACGAUAGCGAUGAUCGGAUGCCAGAUUCUGUAUUCGGCGGUGGCACUUUCCGGCAGAGCCGUACUUCUCGACGGCCUCAGUUCCAAGGUUUUUGUUGUUUACAGACAGUGCUUUGCCUUCUUCCUCAUUGCCCCCCUUGCCUUCUUCUCUAGGAGAGGGAAAAGGGAAUAUGGUUUAGGAUGGAAAAGCUUCGGAAUGAUAUCUUUGCUAUCGUUUAUUGGAGUGACAGUAAACCAAAACAUGUAUUAUGAAGGAUUACAGUUGGGCACAUCUUCUGCUGCAAGUUCAAUAACCAAUUUGGUGCCUGCCAUCACUUUCAUCAUGGCUUAUACUUUUGGGUUAGAAGAAGUGAAUUGGAGAAGCUUAAGAAGUGGUGCAAAGGUAGUGGGAACAAUAGUGUGUGUAUGUGGUGCAGCUGCAAUGGCUCUGCUCAAAGGUCCAAAGCUACUGAUCAACCCUACAAUAACUAAUCUGUCAUUACAUCCAAAACAUAAUUUAUUUCUACUUAGCUAUGGACAAGAAGACACAUGGCUGCUGGGCUGUUCAUAUUUGUUUGGAAGCACCUUUUGUUGGUCUCUUUGGCUAAUUCUCCAGGUUCAUUUGAGUGCUUCCUAUUCAGAUCACAUUGCAUCGACGGCGUGGAUUUGCUUGAUCGCAGCCGUGCAAUCUGCGAUCUGGACAUUCAUGGUCGAGCCAGAUAUGAAUGUUUGGAAACUCACUUCCUCUUUCCAACUAUUUUCUUGCUUCUUUGCUGGUUUGGCUUCAGCAGCAACAUUGUAUGGCCAAGCAUGGUGCACCACAAGAAGAGGACCUCUCUUUGCUGCAUUGUUCAAUCCACUCUCUACUCUCAUUGUCACCACUAUUGCCUGCAUUUUUAUGCAAGAACAGCUCUAUUUUGGAGGGUUGAUGGGUGGAAUGAUAGUGAUAAUCGGGUUAUACAUUGUGCUAUGGGGCAAGGCUACAGAGCAUCAAGUGAUGAAUAACGAAGAAAAUGAUAGCAGCAGCCAAUUGACGAGUGAUAUAAUUUGCAAUUGUAGCGAAAAUGGUUUGGAAGAUCCUCUCUUGUCUAAAAAGGAUCCAACAAACUUAGAUGUCUGA